AUAAUAGAUGGUAUUGUUGAACAUCUUCCUCAGUAUCAACAAUUCAUAAAAAGCUUGAAGGAAGAUGGAUAUCUUGUAGUAGGUUAUGCAAGAAAGUCCAGCAAUGAAAAAAAAAUGAUCAAGCACGCAUACAUUUACUUGAUCAAAUGUGUAAAAAUCUAAAAGAAAGAUCAAUGGUUAAUAAAGUCUUUGUUAGUGUUUGCUGUAAUACGAAUGAUGAAUUAUCAGCACGAGAUCAAAAGAGAAAUGAAAAACGGUUAUCAAAGAUAAAUGCCGAUGGUGAUAUGCAGGAUAUACUUUGGUAUAUUUCUACUAAAAAAAAAGUUGUUAUUGUUGCUAUAGACUUUUCAGGAUUAACCACGAAUCAGGAGGACUUGAAGUGAGAUUUAUUUAAAAAUAAAAGCUAAAAUAGUAAAUUCUCAUAGACAUUUAUAAUUAGAAAUAAUCCAGGUGUUAGUAAAAUAAUAAUCGAGAAAUUAUUAUUCACUAACUCCACACAUGUCUAUGAUUCCUAUGAACUAUCAAAUUCAAACAAAAUAGCUGAUUUUAAUGGUAGAAAAGAUUUUUUUUUCAAAGAUCUAAAUAAAGACUUAUUUAAUGUAUAAGACUGACAAAGUGUUAUGAGCUGACUUAUAAUGUCAUGUUCCUUGAUUAAACAAGCGGAUCAAGGAAUUUUAUCUA